GGUUACAGUCAUAUGACGGGCUGGUUUGUCCUGCUCAAGUGGAGCUGCAGUUGACAUCGUCGAGGGAAGUUGUUGCAACAAAGAUCGUCUUUUCUCCCCCAAGGUCGGUCGUGUAGUGAGGGAGUACUUAUUAUUAUUAGCACUGCAGUGAUGCACUCCUGUGGUUUGCUGGUGUGCUUGCUGGCUGUGCUCCAGCUUGGCACGCGGGCUCAGUAUGCUCCCGACGAAGUCACUCACCUACCAGGUAUGACGUUCAAACCGAAUUAUCGACAGUGGUCUGGAUACCUGCAGGCUCGUCCGGGAAAGUUCUUACAUUAUUGGUUUGUGACUUCUCAGAGGGCCCCGGCUAAAGACCCACUGGUUCUUUGGCUGAAUGGAGGCCCAGGCUGCAGCUCUCUGGAUGGAUUUUUAUCCGAGAAUGGACCAUUUCACGUGAAUGAUGACGGGUUUACUUUGUACGAGAAUAAAUUCAGCUGGAACAAGAAUGCCAAUAUCUUGUAUCUAGAAUCACCUGCAGGAGUGGGAUUUUCUUACUCUGAUGACAAAAAGUAUGCCACUGAUGAUGAUCAGGUUGCUGAUGAUAAUUACAAAGCAUUGCAGAGUUUUUUCACAAAGUUCCCAAAUUUCACCCAAAAUGAGUUCUUUAUCUUUGGGGAAAGUUAUGGUGGGAUUUAUGCACCGACUCUCAGCCUGCAUGUGGCUACUGGAUCUGCAAAAAUUAACUUUAAGGGCUUUGCAGUGGGAAAUGGUCUCAGCAGCUUUGCUCUCAACGACCAAACGUUGAUCUACUUCGGUUACUAUCAUGGUCUCUUUGGAGAAGAUUUGUGGCGUGAUCUGAACAUAAAUUGCUGUGAUCAGGACAGCUGUAGCUUCUACAACUCCACCUCUGAGAUGUGCCAGACACUGGUGAACGUGGCCUUUAAUAUUGUGUACGAAAGUGGCCUGAAUGAGUAUGCUCUGUACUUGGACUGUGAGGGUGGUAGACGAUUCCACCAAGGGUAUGAGAUGUCCAUGAGUCAUCUGUUCAAGAACUACAGGAAAAACCCACACAUCUUCAAGUUUUUAGAGGCAGGCCCUUCGUCGAUGUCUGUGGGUGAAGUCCCUCCCUGUAUCAACAGCACGGCUCAGAUGACCUGGCUGAGGAGAGGCGAUGUGAGGAAAGCUCUCCACAUCCCAGAUACUCUUCCUCCAUGGGACAUCUGCAGUUCUGAUGUUGGAGAGCAGUACAAAAAUCUGUACGGGACAGUGAAGGAUGUUUACCUAAAGCUGCUCUCUAUGGGCCUGAGGGCACUUGUCUACAAUGGAGACACCGACAUGGCGUGCAACUUCCUGGGAGACCAGUGGUUUGUUGAAGAUCUUGGUCUUGAGGCGACCACAGAGUACCAGAUAUGGAAACACGAUGCUCAGGUUGCUGGUUUCUACCAACGUUUUGGAAACAUUACCUUCCUGACAGUCAAGGGUGCAGGUCACAUGGUUCCUCAGUGGGCUCCAGGUCCAGCUUUACACAUGUUUGAGUCUUUCAUAACAAAUGGCCCUUAUUGAGCCUUAUGAGACUGCUGUGUGAGGUCUACCUGCACUCAUCACUUGUGAUAUGGUACUUUUUUCUCAGGGAAGAUGAUUUUUAGAGGGAAAGGGACUGUUUGCACUCUCCUGUAUGUGUUUUUCAUAAAGACUGCAUAUAAGUAUAUUGAAAAGGAAAUUUCUUGUGUGGGCUUUGAGGGCAUUGGAUAUGAAUUAUAUAAAGUGCCAAUGUUCAGCUUUGUGUAUCUUGGGCUGACUGUUUAACAUCCUUGGACUGGACACAAAGACGUAUAGAUACAAUACAUUAGGUUUACUUGGGCAGCCAAACGUAGUACUUUUUAUUUUAGAUUUUUAUUCGGGGAUUUUUUUUUCUUCUAUUUGACAGAACAGUGGACAGAGUAGGAAACUGGGGAGAGAAUAGAUAAUGAAAGGUGGAAAAGGAGCCACAGGUCCUUGAACCAUGGCUCCCCACUGAGUGAAGUAUAGCCACUGUACAUGGAGCAUACUUGGCCACCAGGCCUAUCAGCACUUCUUCAUACUCUUUGAGGAAUUUGUGUCUGUCUGGAUUGAAGGAAGCUAGAGGCUCUUGUUUAGUUCUGAUUGGCCUUUAAAUGACCUCAGCUGCCUUAACUGCCUGUAAGGGUUUGCCCUAAAACUUUAGACUUUAAAAAUGUGUAAAGUCUGACCCCAAGAUGGUGAGGAAGCCAAAAUAGUUUUAAAAAGUCAGCCCUUUGACCUCACCUUUUUGAUUUAUAUUGCUUGUAUCUAUAAUACAGUCUAACAGAAAUAUCCUUAUCCAGAUACUCAUACUACAGUCUACUCUUCAAAUGAAGCUGUGUUUUGUGGCCUUGGUUUAAAUCUGAAAUGCUGUGUUUUUAGUUUUGAAUUGACAAAAAAAUAAAUGAAAUGACAAGUU